AUGAAGAAGUUUAUCACCAUUGCAGGAGCUAUCUUAGUAGGAACCACAGCUGCCACUUAAUUAACACUUGAAGAAAAAGUUGUUGAUGGUCUCCUCCACGGCCUUGAAGCUGCUGAACAUGAUGUUUAACUCAUCAAAAACUAACUUCAAAGUAUUGGACACAGAAAAAGAUCAAGUUCAGUCGAUUCUACUCCCAAAGUUGAGGGCUUCUUCCUAAGUGGUCUUGGUGAGCUCACAGGUAUUGCUGGCGAUCUCACUGGUAUGGGGCUUGGAAUUUAUCAAACUAUUGAGCAACCAUAAGUUGAAGGUUUCCUGAGUGGUCUAGGGGAGCUUACUGGAAUAGCUGGUGAUCUUACAGGUAUUGGUCUUGGAAUUUACAAUACUGUUCACCCUAAUGUUCAGGCUCAAUACAUGAAUGAUUAUGAUGAAGAAGAUAUUGAAGUUGAAACCCCUCUAUUCAGAGGUCUUAGAUCUCAUUUUUCAUCAUUAAGAAGACCUUCGUCAUUUAGAAGAUAAUCUACUCCAACUUUCAGAAGACCACCAACAUCAACCAGCCAUCCAUUAUCAUCUGGAAAGAAAUCCUCAUCUUCCCUUCACCCAAUGGAAAUUGCUAAUAUGGCAUCAUAAAUUAUAUCUGGACUUGGAUAAGCCGGUGCUGGUAUAUACUCUCAAAUUGAGUAAGGAAGAGCUGCAGCUGCUCAAGCUAAAUAUUAUGAGGAAUAAUAGCAAUAAUAAUAAUAACCUCAAGUCCAACAAUACUUUGAUGGUCCAGUUUACGUUAGACCUACAAGAGUAGUUUAUAAUGUUCCAGCUGGCGGAGUUAUCUAUCCCUAUGAUGAAUGA